AUUGUCAUCUCUGUCUCCCCCCUCUCUCUUUCUUCCACUAGUAAACCAUCCUCGUUUCCUUUUUUGUCUCGAUCUCCCACAAACAUACACGCGUCUCUCUCUCUCUCUCUCUCUCUUCUCCCCAUAACCCCACGCCCACAGGCUUUCUCUUCUCCUCUCCGGUUUGCUUGCCAAUUCGUCGGGAAGCCAAUCCAUUUCCAAGCAAUGGGCGCUUCAGGGAAAUGGCUGAAAUCGCUGAUCCCUCCCAAAAAGAUCACCUCUUCCGCCGCUGACCUCGAGAAACGAGGAGGGGAUGGGAAGGGAGGAGGGAAGAAGAAAUGGAAGCUGUGGAGAAGCUCAUCCGAAGGGUUUAAUCAUCCGUCGUCAUCUGCUUCCUCCGCUUGCUCUUCUUCUUCUCCUUCGGUCGACGGCUUCAAAAGGGGCCACGUGGUAGCUCAAUCCGAUGAGUACAACAGCUUUACUUGCUCCUCAAACGACGACUCUUUCACCGCCGCUAUGGCCACCGUCGCCAGAGCUCCGGCUAGGGACUUCAUCGCUGUCAAGAAAGAAUGGGCUGCCAUCCGGAUCCAAACCGCCUUCCGAGGCUUGCUGGCAAGGAGGGCAUUGAGGGCCUUAAGAGCAGUGGUGAGAAUUCAAGCCAUAUUCCGCGGAAGGCAGGUUCGAAAGCAAGCUGUAGUGACACUAAGGUGUAUGCAAGCUCUAGUUCGAGUUCAGGCUCGAGUUCGGGCAACUGCAGUCAGAAUAUCCUCAGAAGGGCAAGCUGUCCAGCAGAUGCUGGAUGCUUAUAGGAACCAUGCUGAUCCCACUAAGCAAGCUGAGAAACGUUGGUGUAACAGUCCUGGAACAGUGGAUCAAGUGAGAACGAAGUUGCAAAUGAGGCUAGAAGGAGCUAUCAAGAGAGAAAGAGCCAUUGCAUAUGCCCUAUCUCAACAGGCUGUGAAAGCAUGUCCAAGCCCGGGUAGGAAGACUAGCAACAAUUCUAAGCAGCAACCAAUUGUUCCUCCCAAGCAUCAUCAGAAGGGGGAUGAAUACAACCCACUCGGAUGGAGCUGGCUCGACCGUUGGAUGGCAGCAAAGCCAUGGGAGAGCAGGUUGAUGGAGGAAAGCAGCAGCCACAGCCAUGCAAGAGCUGAUUCACUAGAGAUCUCUCCAACGCAACCACCACCACCACAACCUCCUCUCUUGUCAAGAAAAAGUGCUGACAACAUGUACACAUCAACUUGCUCCUCAAAACUUAAGCACCAUGAGCCGGCUUCUUCCUCGUCGGUCAAGGUGAGGAAGAACAAUAUGAGCACUCGAGUCUCAGCCAAACCAACACCAUCCAUGGUGGUUCAUCAUCAUAAUCAUGGUACUAAUGGCUCAUCUUCAACCAUGAGUUCCGAGACACUCUACGAGGAAACCAGCUUCCUCUCGACAAAUUCAUCUACAUCUAUUGAUCAAGAGCAGCAGAGUUGUUGUGAGAAGCAGCAGCAGCCGAGCUACAUGAGCCUCACAGAAUCAACCAAGGCGAAACAACAGAAGGCGGUUACUUGGAGUAGGCAUUGCAGCAAUGUAGGUCUUCAGAGAAACCAGUUGAUUGAGGAGGAGGAAGAGGAGGAUGAUGAGUUGUACUGUAUGAGAUCAAUGCCACUGUCCAGAGAUGUUUACCCUCCAAUGCCGCAGGGCAAGAAGACCGUAUCAUGA